CCCGUCUUGGUUAGGAUGCGAGACUUUCGAACUCCUACACGGCCGGGGUCGUUCUCUAUUUUCUCGUUUCUCUUUUUCUUCUCUCAUAACCUGACCGUUUAUUACAUCCCGCGCUUAUCUCACCAGCAGCUCGGAUUAUACCUCGAUUUACAACGCCGCGCAGAUUGUAGGACCAAACAAGUCAUGUCAGUGGGAUACCUGUGCCGAGCUGGCCAAUAUAUGCGGUACUACCAAAGCUCAGUUCACCAUUUUGAAACACUUUUCAUUAACUAAUUCAAGACUUUAAACAUUCAGGGUUCAAACACUUACAAUAGUGGUGGCAAUAUCCCUCGCAAUAUUAUCAUGCUUAUCUGGGUUAUUCAUAUUUCCCCAAGGAAUUGAACCCCCAUGAGCACGUAGCUCUUUACCAAGCAAGUAAAUCCCUAAACCUGGCUGCUUUGAAACCCUCACCACCGGCUGCAGUAGAUCCCCCAAAUCCUUAACAUGUUU